ACUCUCGCGAGAGGUGGUAAGCCGCCGGUGCGCAUGUGGUAGUGGUGGGCACGGUGGGUUGAGUGGUGUGCUGGGGCCACGCUGCUCUCUCCUCUCUCUUCUCCCUCCUCUCCUGCGCUCUCUCCUCCGCUUCACGCCCCUCCGGCUCUCACGGAGCUGUGGCGGAGGGCAAGAGUCAGGCUAAGGGGGAAUUCGGGGGGGUUUACGCGUCCCCGCGCGCCAUUUUGCUCGCCCCGUUGUCACCCCCAGUCUUGGCACCGCACACUGAGGGCUGAGCCGCUGAUUCCCCACGGGUAGCCGGAGCAGAGAUGGGGAAGGCGGCGAAACGGAAGAGAAAGGUGUCAAUGCCCUCGACAGCAAAGGGCCCCGUGAAGUCGGCGAUGGCCGUAGUCAAGAGCAACCCCUUUGAGGUGAAAGUCAACAGGCAGAAGUUUGACAUCCUGGGGAGGAAGACCAAAAAUGAUGUGGGGUUGCCUGGCGUCUCACGGUCCAAGGCCAUCAAGAAGCGCAAUCAAACAUUACUGAAAGAAUAUAAAGAAAGAGAAAAGACAAAUGUGUUUAAAGAUAAACGUUUUGGUGAAUAUAACACCAAAAUAACUCCUGAGGAAAAGAUGAUCAGACGAUUUGCUCUGGAAAGACAGCAAAAUUACGGAAAGAAGAAUAUCUAUAAUCUUAAUGAAGAUGAGGAAUUGACUCACUAUGGCCAAUCUUUGGCAGAAAUUGAAAAACUAAAUGAUAUUGUUGAUAGUGACAGUGACACGGAAGAAAGAGGAACGCUGUCUGCUGAAUUAACUGCUGCUCACUUUGGAGGGGGUGGAGGCCUCCUUCGUAAAAAAGUGUCAAGUGAGCAACAAGAUGAAGAAGAGGAAAAACCCAAGUCUAGGAAAGAACUCAUUGAAGAGAUGAUAGCCAAAUCUAAACAAGAAAAGCAAGAGAGGCAGACUCGGAGGGAAAGUGCCUUAGAACUGACAGAAAAACUUGACAAAGACUGGAAGGAAAUCCAAACCCUUAUUGCCCGCAAAACCCCAAAGUCAGAGAGAAAGGACAAAGAAGUAGAAAAACCCAAGCCUGAUGAAUAUGAUAUGAUUGUUCGAGAACUUGGAUUUGAGAUGAAAGCAAAACCUUCAGAAAAGCUGAAGACAGAAGAAGAAUUGGCCAAAGAGGAGCAGGCCCGACUCCAGAAGCUCGAGGCAGAUCGAUUGCGUCGAAUGCGUGGAAUAGAUGAAGACGCAAAUAAAAAGAGACCCAGCCACAUGUCAGCUGAUGAUCUGGCUGAUGGCUUUAUCCUGGAUAAAGAUGACAGACGUUUAUUGUCUUACAAGGAUGGAAAAAUGAAUAUUGAAAAUGAGGAGGAGGAAGGGGAGGAAGAAGAAGGGGAGGAAGGAGAGGAAGAAGAUAAUGGGAAUGAAGAAGAAAGUCAGGAAGAAUCUGCAAGUGAAAAUGAGGAGGAUAAUGUUGCAGAUAGCCAUUCUGAUCUUGAAUCUGAUCUUGAGAGCGAAGAAGAAGCUGCAGGGAAUAAAGAAGAGAAGAAACACAAGGCAAAUGAAAAUGAAUCACAGAAUGUGGAGAAAUUAGUUCCAGAGAGAGAAGCUGCCAAAUCAGAGCUUCCCUAUACAUUUGCUGCUCCUGAGUCCUACGAGACAUUUAAGUCCUUAUUGGCUGGAAGAACAAUAGAACAACAGCUUAUUAUACUGGAGAGGAUUCAGAAAUGCAAUCAUCCAAGUCUUGCAGUGGGAAACAAAGCAAAGUUGGAAAAAUUGUUUGGCUUCCUUUUGGAAUAUGUUGGAGAAUUAGCAACUCUGGAUUUACCAGAGCUCAGAACAAUUGACAAACUGGUCCUGCCAUUGUACAAUCUUUGCCAGAUGUUUCCUGAGGCAGCCAGUGACAGUAUCAAGUUUAUCCUUCGAGAUGCUGCACAUGAUCUGGAAGAAAUAAUUGAAGUUAAAGGCCGUGCAACAUUUCCAGGUUUAGACACGCUUAUUUAUUUGAAAGUUGUAUCUCUGCUGUUUCCAACUUCUGAUUUCUGGCACCCAGUUGUAACACCUGCUUUUAUGUACAUGAGUCAGCUACUUACUAAGUGUCGCAUUGCAACAUUGCAAGAUGUUAUUAAAGGGUUAUUUAUCUGCUGUUUAUUCCUGGAAUAUGUAUCUCUCUCCAGAAGAUUUGUACCAGAACUCAUCAAUUUCCUUCUUGGAGUACUUCAUAUCUCUCUACCCAAAAACCAGGCCCAGGGCUAUACUGUAGUGCAUCCAUUUACACCAGUGGGGAAAAAUUUAGAAUUGCUAUUGGUGAGUGAUAAGGAGGAUCUGAAAAGCUGGGAGAAGCAAAAUGUGCCAUUGAGUAUUGUGACUAGAUUAAAGGAAACCAGCAGAACAGAGAUAAAUCAUACCAGGUUAUCAUGUCUAGCCCUGUGUUUUGACCUUAUUAAAAAAUGUGCAGCUCUCUAUGAACCUUUACCAUCAUUCCAUGAAAUAAUGCAUCCUGUCAGAAUACUCCUUACACAACAUGUGCCAGUUAAUGAAUAUCCUGAAAAAAUGCAGGAAUGGUAUCACAGUGCUCUGAAAGAGCUGGAGAACAAAGUAAAACAAUAUACCCCACUGAUAUGUGAGAAAAGGAAGCCAGUGCCAUUGAAACAGUAUACUCCUAAAAUUGUGAAAGUCUUAGAGUUUGGAAGAAAGCAGGCAGGCAGCAAGAAGGAGCAAGAAAGAAAGCAGUUGAUCCAGAGGCAUAAACGUGAACUUAAAGGAGCCAUCCGUGAGAUUCGGAAAGAUAACCAAUAUCUGGCUAGAAUGCAACUGUCAGAAAUCAUGGAGAGAGAUUCAGCCAGAAAAAGAAAAGUGAAAGAGCUUCUUGGUAGCCUUGCUACACAGGAAGGUGAAUGGAAAGCAAUGAAAAGGAAAAAAUGGAAGAAUUAAUUGGGACCUAUUACAGCAGGAAGCUUACUGCCAUAUAAAACACCCCAAUCAUGGCUUUUGAACAAAUUUUAAUUGCAUUUUUUGGAUGCAUUCCUUUUGCGGCAACAACAUCAUUGGAUUUAUUUGCAAAAAUGAACCUGCUCAUUAGGAAAAUCCACAACUUUUCAUAAGAAAAAUAAAAAUAACACUUUUGUAUGUGGCACGCUUCUAUUUUAUUUUAGUGAGAACAAUUGGAUGAAUAAUCAGAAUUCUAAAUCUAAAACCUGAUCACAUACACCUAACUUGAGCUCCACACACACACACAAAAAUACCCUACAUCAGAAACCUGGUCACCUAUUUCAGGGCCAGUUCUCUUCAACAGCUUCAUCAACAACUUGCACAUGGGACUCAAAGCUACAGUGAGUGCUUUUGCUGAAGACGCUGAAUUGGAAGGAGCUGCUGACUCCCUCAGAGGUAGAGAGAUUUUGACAUUCACCAUGUGAAAUUCAACAAGGGCAAGUGCUGGAUUCUGCACCUGGGAUGGACAACCCUGGAUGUACAGACAGAUGGGGAAUGAGGGGCUGGAGGGCAGCGCUGUGGAAAGGGGCCUGGGGGUCCUGGUCAGUGGAAGGUUGAACGUGAGCCAGCAGUGCCCUGGCAGCCAGGAGGGAGACAUCCCUGUCCUGGGGACAUCAGGCACAGCGCUGCUCUGCUCUGAGCUGGGGUGGCCUCUCCUGGAAUGCAGGAUAUAAAAGCUACAAGAGAGUGCCCAAAGGAGGGCGACAAAGAUGGUGAAGGGUUUUGAGGAGUGGCUGAGGGCACUUGGUCUGUUCAGCCUGGGGAAGAGAAAAAGGAGAGACCCACUGCAGUUACAACUUCCUAGUGAGGGAACGGGAGGGGCAGACACUGAUCUCUGCUCUGUGCUGACAGUGGCAGGACUCAGGGAAUGGCCUGAAGUUGUGUCAGGGUAGUUUGGUUUGGAUAUUAGGAAAAGGUUCACCUGAAACAUCUCCCCUGGGAAGUGGUUGCAGCACCAAGCCUGACAGAGUUCAAGAAACUCUCGGGCACAUGGUGUGACUCUUGGGGAUGGUCCUGGUAGGACAUUCUGUGAUCUUUUUUUAAUGUUGAAUAGUUGCAGGCAGCUCUCAUAAUGGUAGUAUAAUUUAAACAUAAACAUUUUAAUUAGUCUGUAGCAUCAGGACCUGCUAAGUUGUGUACUGAGUAAUGGGAUCAAGGAGAAGUCCUUUGUUAAAGCUCUAUAUCCGUUCAUCUUUUCAGUAAGUUUUGAAUUGAGCACAGCUCUGAAAUUCUUAAUAAUCUAGGGUGAUUAAUUAGAAUUCCUCAGUGUGUUCAAAACUGACUUAAGGGAACAUUGAUAUCUUUAACUUUCUUCCUCUUAAUUUAUCAUAUAUCUCUAAUCACUGAUAACUGCCCAGCAUGACUUUGAAAAACAUCUGCUCUUCAAACAGAGCCAAUGAAUACUUCUAGCACUUUCUUUUUAUACUGUAUUUGCAAAGAAACAUUGCAAUGGGACAAAGAGCAUCACAGUUAGUGAUGGGUGCUAAUCUGAACUAGGUUUACUGCUCAGGUAUUCACUUAAUAUUUGAUAAAUUCAGUGAUAGUUGUUAUGCAUUGAACAAAAUGUAAUGUUUCCAUGGAAAACUGUUAGGAAAAUAAAAUUCCCUUUUACAUU